AUGGCUUUAGAAGCCGAAUUGGAAGAAAGUAUGGCUGUUGAAGCCAUGAUUGUGAAAAAUGAAAAUAGUCAAGUGGUCGAUCACCAAGUCGAAAGAUUUGAUGGGAUAUAUGAUGACGAACCCUUGGGUUUUGAAAUGGAUCCUGAAGGGUCAGUAAAAAGAAUGCAAGCUCAAGAUCCUCUUGAAGAAAUUGACUUGGGUGAUGGAGACACUAAAAGACCUACAAUAAACGGCGCGUGUUCCAAUAAUGAAGUUGAAUACGAAGCUUUGAUAACUGGAUUAAAAGCUCUAGUAGACUUGGGGGCAAUGCGAGUCGAAAUCCGAGGCGAUUCUGAGCUUAUUAUUCGACAAAUUAAAAAAGAGUAUAAGUGCAUCAAAGAAAAUUUAAUAGUUUAUUAUGCUAUGGUUGUGCGCUUGUUGGAGAAAUUUGAGUAUGUCGAGAUCAUGCAUGUGCCAAGGGCUGAAAACUUUGUAGCAAAUGAAUUGGCACAAAUUGCUUCAAGCUAUAAAGUCUCCAAAGGUAAAUUGGAAGAGUUGGUCAAAGUCAAAGAGAAGGAAACCCAUGAAGUGUUGGAUAAGACAGGCCAAUUGUCGAUACCAAAACUUGGGGGGUAG